AAUUAGCAAUUGAUGGUAUCGCCUGGUCAAUGUGAGAAAUUGGUGGAAGAGAAGAGUAGAAAGCGAACGAGAUGGUAGGCAUUGUGAGUGGUGUUUGAUUUAUAAGAAGGUGGGUCAUGGCUUACACCCAUUCUACACUCUUUUCCAACACUCUUCGAUUCCCACUCGCCUCUUUCCCAAACACCCACCUCCAUCCACCCUCCGCACACCUCUCCCUUCGCCCCCUCACUUUCAGACGCCUCAUUGCCAUUGCCCUCCAUUCCAACGCCCUUCUUCCCCCAAUCAAAGCUUCCAUGGCCGACACCAACAAAAACGUCGCCGUCGAGGUCUUCGACAAGGACGAUCUCGCCGUCUCUCUCGCCAAAUACGUCGCCGAUCUCUCCGACAAGUUCACCAAGGAAAGAGGGGCUUUCACUGUUUGCCUCUCCGGUGGCUCUUUGAUCAAAUAUCUCGGGAAGCUUCUGGAACCCCCUUAUGUUGAUUCUCUUGAAUGGUCCAAAUGGCACGUGUUUUGGGUCGAUGAGAGAGUCGUGCCCAAGACCCAUGAGGAUAGUAACUACAAGCUUGCCCUCGAUGGCCUUCUCUCCAAGGUGCCAAUUCCUCCAGGCAAUAAUUAUGCAAUCAAUGAUGCCCUUUCAGCUGAGGGAGCAGCUGAUGAUUAUGAGACAUGUCUAAGACAAUUGGUCAAGAACAAUGUGAUAGCUUCAUCACCAGCCAGCGGAUUUCCAAAAUUUGAUCUCAUGCUGCUGGGCAUGGGCCCUGAUGGCCACGUAGCUUCAUUGUUCCCGGGGCAUCCUCUUGUGGAGGAGAAUAAAAGAUGGGUUGCCUUCAUUAAGGACUCCCCAAAACCACCCCCAGAGAGAAUAACUUUCACCUUUCCGGUGAUUAAUGCUUCUGCCUACGCAGCACUUGUGGUGACUGGCAAGGGUAAAGCAGAUGCAGUUAACUCUGUGUUGGGCAAAUCUCAAAAUUCUGCUAAGCUUCCUGCUGGAUUGGUUGCACCUGAAGGGGAGUUGAAAUGGUUCCUAGACAAAGGUGCAGCCUCAAAGCUGUAGAUCCAGUAGCUAAGCCAUGAUCUAAAUGCUGUGCUAGUGUAUUUUACCUUUGCAAUAAUCGAGUGUGUAUGAGAAGAGAGACAUAUACACUAUACUGAAUAUCCUUAUCUCGGUUAUAGUUUUGCACUGAAGAGGGUCCAUUGUCAUUUGUGACAAUAAAGAGGAUAUGAAGUUAUUUUGCUUCAAAAUUUCUUAUUUGUCCCCCCUCCAAAUUUUCCAAUUAAUGUGCACCAACCCCACCCUUUCAGCGCA